AGUAGCAGGCAGCACUCACUGGCCAAACACCAAACACUGCUCUAAUGUGGCGCUAAGCUCAAUAGCCUCUUAGCUCUCUCUAAGGAGAACAGUGGAAGAGUUUGUUACCCUCUCCCUCUCAAGCCUACUAAUCAUGCUGCAUUGUCUGUGUUUGCUAGCAGGCUACUCUCUCUGCCUUUGUUGUGGUUGUCAAGCCAGUUUCUCUCUCCCACCUCUGUGUGUCUCUCUCUCCGGCUGCCACUAGAACCAGGAAGUAAAGAGAGAAAGAGAGAAAAAAAUACCCAGCAGCUGAGGAAAACAAGGAAGUUAAUGCAGCCAGGGCCUGAGCUUCAACUGUG